AUGGCGAAAAUAGCCUUGGGAACCACCGGUGAGGCUGCUCUUCCAGAAGUCUGGAGAGCCCUUGUGGUUGAGUUUAUCACUACCUUCCUCUUCGUCUUUGCUGGUGUUGGAUCAGCCAUGGCUACUUAUAAGCUAGAAGGAGAUACACUAGUGGCGUUGUUUGCCGUAGCUGUGACACAUGCACUAGUCGUGGCCGUGAUGAUAUCUGGCGGUCACAUAUCUGGCGGUCACCUUAACCCUGCCGUCACGCUUGGCCUCCUGUGUGGCGGUCACAUUACCCUGUUUCGAUCCGUACUCUAUUGGAUAGAUCAAUUGUUAGCAGCUGCCGCAGCUUGUUACCUUUUAGAGUAUCUCAGUGGCGGAUUGACUACUCCAAUCCAUUCACUUGCAAGUGGGGUGGGCUACUUACAAGGUGUGAUAUGGGAGAUUGUCCUCACAUUCUCCUUGCUAUUCACAGUCUAUGCUACAAUAGUCGACAAGAGUGGAUCUCUUUAUGGAUUGGGCCCUACACUAACUGGGUUUGUUGUCGGGGCCAAUAUCCUAGCUGGCGGAGCCUUCUCAGGAGCUUCAAUGAAUCCAGCUAGGUCCUUUGGUCCUGCUUUGGUAAGCUGGAACUGGACUGACCACUGGGUUUACUGGGUUGGUCCUCUCAUUGGUGGUGGACUUGCUGGGUUCAUUUAUGAAAAUUUCUUCAUUAUCGAACAAACUCAUCUCCCAAUUCCCACAGUGGAAGAUGCUUUGUUAGGUUAA